AUGGAGAUUGUAUACGAUAAGUCGGUUGUGGUUAUACCGAAACAUUUUACAUUAGAUUUCUUUGAGGAAGUGGCGGAAAACGCUUUGCAGACAACGAAUGUCCGUAUUGGAAGAAUUGAUAUAAAGAUGGCAAGCAAAGCAGGAGAUAAUUAUUGCAGCUUCAUAUAUCGCGUGCAAAUGUCAUUUGCAGAAAGUGAGGAAGGUCCCGCGAAGUUAAGGCCUCCGCUUUCGGUUGUAAUAAAGAGCACUCCUAUCUCAACAGCUAUAGACUUUUUGGACGAUAUGAAGGUGUAUCUAAAGGAGAAGGUAUUUUAUUACACGGUACUGCCAGUGAUAGAAAAUUGUGCGGCUAGGAAGUCUCGAUUUGGAGCAAAAAUAUUGCACAGCAUGAAGAAGCCGGUGAAUACAUUAGUUUUUGAAGAUUUAAAUGUUUUAGGAUACACACUUGCUUCUAGGGAAUUAGGCUUGAAUGAAAGACAUGCAAAGUUGGUUCUACAACGUUUGGCCCAUUUUCAUAGUGCUUCGGUUGCGGUUAUGGAAAAGGAUCCGGAGUUGUUGCUGUGUUUUAAUUCAGGUAUUCUGGCCAAAGGAGCAAUUCAAAGGGACAAUAGUACAUUUUAUGGUCUCAUCAAAAGCAGCUGCCAAGCUCUCAUCGAUAUUGCGAAAACUUGGAAUGGAUAUGAACAGAUCGCCAAGAAAUUAGAGUUGUAUAUCGCUAAUCUACGUGAGAAUUUGCUUAAAAUGCAAGAACCCAUACCAGGUGAAUUUGAGGUUCUUAACCACGGCGACCUAUGGGUGAACAAUUUUAUGUUCAAAUACAAUAGCAACUGUGAGUUAAUGGACUUGGUUUUUGUAGACUACCAAAUGAGUAUAUUGGGUAGCCCAGCCAUGGACCUCAAUUACUUUUUUUAUACAAGCCUUCCGGUGCAUCUGCUAAAAUCAAAACGGGAGGAUUUUAUAAAAUUCUAUUAUGCUGAGCUAAAUGAGAACCUAAAGCAGCUGAAAUGCAGAAAAAUACCUUCAUAUGAGGAAUUACGUGCGCAAGUCGCUCUGCGCGAAUCUUUCGGCUUCUUUGCAAAUCACGCCAUUUAUCCUAUAAUAAGCAUCGACCAAACAAUUGCUGCUGAUAGCACGUUUGAAAACUUUGCAGAUCGAGAUUUUGCAAAAAAAAAGUUCACACAGAUAUUAUCGCAACAAAAGCUGAUGGAUAUGUACAAGUACACCUUGAAACAUUUUGAUGAAAUGAAAAUAUUCGAUUAGAUAACUGUACACUAAGCUGAAUGUUUUGAUAAUAAAAAGUAAGAAUGGUGGUGGUGUUAGAUGA